AUGUCGCGCCACAACAGGCACUAUCAAUCAUGUCGUGAACUCCACGUCGUCGUAUUGGGUGCUGGAGGUGUUGGAAAGAGCUGCUUAACAGCCCAAUUCGUCCACAAUGAGUGGAUUGAGAGCUACGAUCCCACCAUUGAGGAUACGUAUCGGACACAGCUUCAAGUUGAUGGACGCCAAGUUGUCUUGGAAAUUCUUGACACGGCAGGCACAGAACAGUUUGUCGCCAUGAGAGAUCUGUACAUGAAGUCAGGUCAGGGAUUCAUCCUAGUCUUCAGCAUCACAUCCUCAUCAUCAAUGAAUGAGAUUGAGAUGCUGCGAGAGGAAAUCACACGCAUCAAGGACGACGACAACGUUCCCAUCGUCAUUGUCGGCAACAAAGCCGACCUGGAGGAGCAGCGUUCCGUACCCAGACAGAGGGCUUUCGCCUGCUCUCAAAUGUGGGAUGCCCCAUAUUAUGAGACAAGUGCAAGGACGCGAACCAACGUCGACGCCGUCUUCAUUGACAUCUGCCGGCAAUUGCUACUGAAGGACGAAAAGAUUCAGGCUCAGGCCGUACAAGACGACGAAGACCACGAGAACGAAAAGAACGCAGGAAUCAUGGGCUUCGCCAAAAGAAAACAUCGGAGAAGGAGACGCGCCGAUGGCCACCGAUGCGUUAUCCUGUGA